CCGCCGCCGCCUGGGCCAGCACAAAGUUUUUCCUGGCGGAGUUUUGGCGGCGGCAGCGGCGGCGGCACGCGGAACGGGCCAUGGACGCUCUCAAGUCUGCGGGGCGGGCACUGAUCCGGAGCCCCAGCCUGGCCAAGCAGAGCUGGGGGGGCGGCGGCCGGCACCGCAAGCUGCCCGAGAACUGGACGGACACACGGGAGACGCUGCUGGAGGGCAUGCUGUUCAGCCUCAAGUACCUGGGCAUGACCCUGGUGGAGCAGCCCAAGGGGGAGGAGCUGUCAGCCGCUGCUGUCAAGAGGAUUGUGGCCACGGCCAAGGCCAGUGGGAAGAAGCUGCAGAAAGUGACUCUCAAGGUAUCGCCUCGGGGCAUCAUCCUGACUGACCACCUCACUGAUCAGCUCAUUGAGAACGUAUCCAUUUACAGGAUCUCCUACUGCACGGCAGACAAGGUGCACGACAAAGUGUUUGCAUACAUCGUCCAAAGCCAACACAGCGAGAACCUUGAGUGCCAUGCCUUCCUCUGCACCAAGCGUAAGAUGGCGCAGGCUGUCACCCUGACUGUAGCCCAGGCCUUCAAAGUCGCCUUCGAGUUUUGGCAGGUGUCUAAGGAAGAGAAAGAGAAGAGGGAGAAAGCCAGCCAGGAGGUGGCAGACAUCCUGGGGGCACGCCGGGAGAGCGCCCCCUCAUCGCUGAAGAACCCGGUUGCCACUGGAAACCUGCUGGACUUAGAAGAGACGACCAAAGCCCCGCUGUCCACAGUCAGCGCCAACACCGUGCAUGCAGGUGACGCUCCGCGGCCUCAGGCCUUGAGCAGCAGUGGUGUUGUCUGGGAACUGGAUGACGGCCUGGACGAAGCAUUCUCAAGGCUGGCCCAGUCACGGACAAAUCCUCAGGUGCUGGACACCGGCUUGACAGCACAGGACGUCCACUAUGCUCAGUGCCUGUCACCUGUUGACUGGGACAAGCCUGACAGCAGCGGCCCCGAGCAGGACGAUGUCUUCACUUUCUGAGAGCCCCGGGCCAGGAGGACAUGACCAGCCCUAAACACAUGAUGGACCAAAGCUGCCACGGCAGGGGAGUCAGCUCUGAUGCCAGCCAGCCCAGCCCCUCCAGUCCACGGCACCAGCAGCCCGUGGAUCAAAGCCACAGCCAGCCAAGUGGAGGGAGAGAGUUUUUUUUAACCUGUUCUUGCUGUCAGAACUGAGAGAUGCCUGGAAUAUUUAUUCAGUGACUCGCGGUUUGUGCUGGGAAGCCGGUUUUGCAUCAGGCAUGGCUGCCACUGUUCCCUCACAGUGCAGGGACCAGUCCACUCUGCCCGAGCAGGCCACCCUAAUCAGGGUGUCAGGACUAUGACCAAAGCAUUCCUUGUCCCCUCUCUUCUUUCCAGGGACCUGAAUUUCCCUGGAGGUUGGGUUCUCAUCAUCUUUGGGGCACGGGAGUACACCCCCAGCCUCUACAGAGAGCUGGGACUCCCCUUGCUCCCAGGGCCCUUGCAGAUAGAGGGACAGCCCCCCGACCAAAGAUGGCCCCCCAGCCCAGCACUUUAAAAGUACGCAUGGUGCUUGCACCCAGGGCUGCCCUGUGGAACUGGGUUGAACAGAGCUUUUCUUCCUGCCCUGCCUCUGGGAGAGGGGCCCCUUGCUCAGGGCCCUGGGACUCAGUCUACCCAGUUGCCUGGCUGCCCAGCAGCCCUGGCAGGAUGCCGGUCACUGCCUUCCCAUUUCACAUGGAUGAAGCUGCACCUCCUUCUCUCGUGUCUGUCAUGUCCGAGAUCCCUCCCUGGGUCCAAGUGUGAAACCUCACACCUGCCUGCCUCCAGAGGGACCUCUGGCCUGUUUUACAGGUGAGGAAACUGAGGCUGCAUGGAUGGAAGGGGUCAGGAGUCGAGCCUCAAGCUGACGCCACAGCUGCCUCUUCCCACUGCCACUGCCGCCUCUCCCUGCUCACACCACCUUUUUCUUCCCUCCCUUUUUCUUUUCUAGCUUUGUUGUCCUCCCGGGAACCAAAAAACCCCAGCUAUUUUCUGACCAAAAUGUGUUUCAUAACAGACCAUCUGGUGCCUUUCCACUCAAAACUGGCAGGAGCCUGUGUGCCCGGCGAGCCGUCUCGCGCUGAUUGCCGUGGCAGUGCAAGUGUCUAAAGUCAGCUAACCCAGAGGGUGAAACAAAAUCCAACCCUACACGCAAUGCACAGUUCUCUUUCCUAUUGCCACCACCCCGGCUCGGGCACACUGGCGGCCAUCUGCCCCCUGGAACCUUUCUUCCUGGUCUCCUCUCUGACCCCGGGCACUGCUGGGAGCCCCGUUUCCAUCCUGUGGCGCUUCCCAGUGGCCUGGCCUGUGGGAGCAGUUGAUAGCAGCCCCAGGGGAAGCAGAGUUUGGGAGAAUCUACUUCUGUUGAGUGGAGUGUGCAAUGGCACACAGGCUGGUGACUUGUGGACCCGCCCCAGCUCCUCGGACCCAGCUCCCAUGCUGACCUCUCAGAAGCCGCCUUUGUGUUUACUGUGAGGAUGCAGAGAUUGUUGAGAACCUGGCCAUCUUGGGCACGAGGGGCCCUAAGGAAAAUGGCAGGCUCACGCAGGCCACCUAGGACCUUCAGCCCAGUCUCCUGCCACUGCCGCCCGCGUGAGUGCAAGCACGUCUUAUGCUUUUCUCUGCUAUGCUGUAAAGGAAGUCCUAAUGAGGACAAAACCAAAUAAUAAACAUUCUGUUUUAGAA